AAACAGAAUCGUCUUUGGGCAUCAGUGUCUUCCAUAACACAGAGAAGAAUCAACGACAAGAUGAUCGCCAAGGUAACUUUGCUGUUUCUCGUCGCAGUGGCCGUUUCUGCCAAAGUUGAGAUGGAGUACCAUCCACAAGCCGUACUUCACUACUUGGAGCUGAAAGAUCAGCACCUGGCAAGGAAGGUUCGAGGCAUGCUCAAGCUCGAUGCAGACUUCCCUAGGCCCAGCCCGAGUUUGCCCCCAGGUAUCUCAAAGGGACUAGUCGUAAGUAUUUAGUUAAACGUUUUGCGGUACUUAAUAAUUAUAACCUUCAAAGGUCCCAGAGCAAGUAUCAAACGUUUCCGUCAAUAGAAAUUUCUGCUUCAUUGAUUGCAGUCAAGGAUUUCUUUCACAGCUUCAUAGAAGGCUUCAUGAACACCAUAUUUAAAAAGGAAACACUGACAUCGAAGAAUAUUACAUAAAGUGGAUUAAGAAUAGUAAGCCAAAAUUAAGACCAAUCAGGGCCUCCUCGCAGAUAGCCUAAUUCUCAGACGUCCGAGGUCGUUCGCUGUCCCUUUCGCUUCCCUCCCUCUCUCGGGAGAGGGAGGGAGGGAAGCGAAAUUAAAGGGACCGCGAACAACCUCGGACGUCUGAGAAUUAGGCUAUCUCGCAGAAAGCCCGGUAAGCUUUAUCGACUUUCGACGCGUUUUUCUUUGCAAAAAUUUUGACGUGUUUAGAUGGAGGGCUAUAUCUUGGUUGUUGCUUUUCCUUUGUAAAAAGAAAAAAGACCUUAACCAGACUGGGCUUUUAAUAUUGUUAUUUGAAUAUUUUUUAAAAUAGAAACACUGUGUCGCUGAAGCCAUCAAAUGCCACAUCGCAGCUGAUGAGGAUGCUUGUGGACAUUUAAAGUGCAUAAAAUCUACGGCUUGUUGUCUGUAUGUGGCCGGCCUUCGAAUAAAGCAUCUACCUGAACCUGUGGUAAGUUCCGCUUAUCACAGGGGCGGAUCUAGGGGGAGGGUGCAGGGGGUGCGCACCCCCCCUGAGAUGACCUGCGGUUUUCUAAUACAACUGGUAUUCUGCAAAAGAAGAAAAACUAUGUGGUUUAUUAGUGUUGAAGUAGAGCAAGAGACGAGUGCACCCCCUCCUAAAAAAAAUCCUGGAUCCGCCCCUGUAUCAACUAUUUCACUUAACAUUUAAAUUGAAUUGAAAAAUAGGAGCAUCUCUGGUCCCUGAGGCCCGAAGCUCCCGGGAGGAUGAGGCACCUUAUGAUGGGCUACUGUUUCUGUGAAGGCCAUGGCGAGGUUUUCACGCCACUUUUUUCGUGGAUGGAAUAUAGCAAUAAGAGAGUUUUCGUCUGGAAUAGGGUGUCGUAUCAAUAAUUUGAAGAAUCAGUACAAGCUAAGAGCUAUUAGGGUCCCCGAGGCACAGCCGAACCCACAAAUUCAUAGAGUAUAUCCCUCGGGUUCGUGGUUUAGGCUUGACAUCAGAAAGUCUGGGUUUAUAAGUCCUUGGGGUACACUAGUACGAUUCUAGGGAUUUACCAGUCUGUUUCAAAUUUCCUCCAAAAGUUUUUUUUAGCUCGCGUAAACGAGAUGGGAUAUUUUUUGAAAGAAAAGUUGGAAAUAUUUUAAAAAUUGAACUUUUUUAGCUAGGGGGAGGGCCGACAGGGCAUUCAAUGUAAUUCAAUGUUACAGUUAACCGAGCAGUAAAGCUUUACUCAUUUCUCCAUUUACACGGGGUCAAACUUCGUACCUUAAUUGGUCUUGAAACUUAAACACAAACUACGCUACUGAUAAACUACCUUGGGAUACAAAAUAAUCUGAUAUAGAUCAUUUUUGGUCACGUUAUCUUGAAGGCAGUGAGUGUGUUAGGUCUAAACUUGAAAAUAGCCCUGGGGUUCCUGUCCGAAAGUCAGGGCGAUUCUUUACAUAAGACGUUACUCCACCCUACCUUUAACUACCUCAGUUUCCAGGCAGGUCACAAGUGUAACUGUAUAACUUUAGGGGAUCAACAACAAUAACAAUAAGAACGGGUAUUGCUGUGAUGAAAUUACCAGAUAGUGGUCCAGGCUAAAAACGGGGAAUUAAUAGAUUUUGUAAAAUAAUUAAUGGUUUUGAAGGGAGUUUUUCAUAUUAACUGUGUUUUGGGGUUUCUAUUUUGAUUUACUAAAGAAAAAAUGUCUACCAAUCAUUCCGUGCUGCCUGGAGGGAAGCGACAGCUGCGAGGAGAAACUGGGAUGUUUCGUGAAGUUUGGAAAUUGCGCAAAGGUGCUUGGGGACGAGAAAUACAGGAAGUAA